GACUUUCGUAUCUUUCAUUUUCCAAGACCAUUUCCGAGAGCCACUUCCGGGCGACUCGAACACGCCCUUAACACAACACAACACCAUCACGUCCGAUUCAUUACGUCCCGCUGGAGAUCCGGCCCUCCAUCCUCCCUUUACUGUCUUGUCUGUCGACAACCAAGCAAGCCAUCGCCACCCUGGCUUCUUGUCGCUCCACCGCUGCUGCAUUGCUCGCGCCAUUCGCAUCAAUAACAUCGCUGUCACGAUUGCUCCCACGCACGAGACAGAAGAUGGCGGCCACAGUCGCGACAAGACUCGUCAAUGACAAUGAGACACCACCCCUUACCCCCAACCCUACGUCGGUUGUUGAAGUGUCGGAUGCGGUGACCAUGUCUCCGGCCGCUGAACCUCCCGCUGUUGCGAUCACUCCGUCCGAUCCCUGGCCCCGGCCCUACUUUGUCGAAGAUGGCCUUCGCCGCGUCGUGCCGUACCAUUACACCUACAACACGUGGUGCAAGGAGCGUUGGCGCGGUCGCAAGCUGAUGGAAAUAUUUGAGGUCGAGUUCCGGGACCGGCCGGCCGAGUAUUACCGUAACGCCGUUGAGACCGGCCUAGUUGUCGUCAAUGGCAAGGCCGUCGGUCCCGAACACGUCCUCAAAAAUGGUGACCUCAUCUCCCAUACCACUCACCGUCAUGAGCCUCCCGUCACAGCCGAGCCCAUUCGCGUGAUUCACGAAGACAAUGAUCUGAUUGUCAUCAACAAGCCGUCCGGUGUCCCCGUCCACCCCGCUGGCCGCUACAACUACAAUUCUGUUGUCGAGAUUAUCAAGUCCGAGAGGGGACCUGGUUUCUUACCGCGUCCUUGCAACAGACUUGACCGGCUCACCAGCGGUAUCAUGUUUCUUGCCAAAAGUCAGCACGCGGCCGAACGUCUCGUUGCUCAAAUUUCUCAACGCAGUGUCCGCAAGGAGUACAUCGCCAGGGUUGUUGGCAGGUUUCCCGACGGUGAAGUGGUUUGCGAUCAACCCAUCCUUCAGAUUUCCCCCAAACUAACCCUCAACCGUGUGCGCGCCAACGGCAAGGCGGCCCGAACCGUUUUCAAGCGCCUGGCCUAUUAUCCUCCCGUUGACCCUCCUACCAAGGGUCAGACCGAACAACCGGCUAUGCCGGACGCAGAGCAAGCGGCGCAGAGGAGGGGCGAAGGAGAGGGAUAUUCCAUUGUCCGCUGUCUUCCCGUUACCGGAAGGACUCAUCAAAUCCGGGUUCAUCUCCAAUUCUUAGGUCACCCCAUCCAGAAUGACCCGAUCUAUGCCAAUCAAAAGGUUUGGGGGUUUGAUCUCGGCCGUAACGAUGCCGACGCAGCUCGAAACAGUGACGAGGAUAUCAUCUCCCGUCUCUCUCGGAUGGGCAAAGAGGACAUUGCUGAUGCGGUUGCCUAUUAUGACGAGAUGGUGGACAACUACCAUAGGAAGAAGGCGGAAAAGAUGUCUGGCCAACUUUGUGACGUUUGCCGGACACCGCUCUAUACAGAUCCUGGCGAGCAAGAGCUUUCGCUCUGGCUUCACAGUCUCAGAUAUGAGGAUGCUGAUGGAGCAUGGAGCUAUGUGAGCCCCUUACCCGCCUGGGCCUUACCCCCGAGUGGUAUGACCGGACCGACAGAGGUAGGCGGAAUGGAUGAUCUUGUAAGCGCUGUCGAUGCAAGCUCAACAUAAAGAGAAAACCUCGCGGAGGAUAUUGAUGACCCGGGCCGUGCCCGUGGCUUGUUCCUCGGAACAGUAACCUUUGGUUACACUCUUGAGGAGAUGGUUUAGGCAAACUGCCGAGUUGUGGCUUGAGAGAGUCAUUGGCCAACUCACUACUGCGAGGUUGUGCCUCGCCUGGGAUUCUGGUAAGGACCAACAAGUACAUGAGCACUGAAGACGAUCUAUUGCAGAUUAACACUAUCUUUUCACCGUGACCUCCGUGCUGGUGGGGACUACGAGGUCGAGGAAUGGUUCCAGAAGUAGAUCAAUGAUGUUGCAACGUGUGGGGUCGAUACUGCCUCUAAUUAGUAGUAAUUAGUGCCUGUUUGUUCUGUGCUUGCAACUGAGCGCAUGCACUACAUAGGUUAGUAAGGUCUCAACUAUAUACUCUCACCGCGCGCAAACUCUUCUCAACACGCUACUAUGUUGUUUCCUGAAGCCAUAUCGCUGUCCCACGCCCGUGCGUUUCCGACAGACAUACUCAACUGCCUAACAAGUGGCCCCCAAGUCUCGAAACGUAUCCCAUCGGACCUCGGACAGGAUGGAAAGCGUGGGUCCCCAGGGUGUGCGACAAAGUUCAUAUUUGCACCAAAACAUACCAGAUAGUGCUCGAUCCGUUUCUCCAAUACCUCGCCUCCUUUCCCAUGUCUUGUAGCCGCCGUCGCUUUAAGGGGAUAUUGGCUCGGGCUUCGGUCUUUGGGUAGUCUACACUAGUCUAGCCCUUCGCGCACUAACGUUACGCAGUUACGUAGUAAGGACGUUGGGUUGAAAUGACUUUUCAAGUAGAGAAAUGCAAAAGGUACUGUGUUUCAAGCCUGCACAUAUAGUGAAGUUUGUUAGAUGCUGUAAUAGCGAUAACAAAAAGGGCUUGAAUCUCAAGUUAUUUGAUAGAAGAGGAGAAAUGGAAACUAGCGCGGCCUAAAUACCUAGGAAGGGAGUGCAGGUAAAUAGGAAAGUUCAAUAGAUAUAUAGCUUAGAGUAUAGAUUUUUAAUAAAUAUAGAAAAUCUAUAAGGC